AAAAUUAAGAUCUUACCUAUAAAACUUGCUGGCGUAAUAUGUGGCGCUCCUCGACGGUGCCUUUGGCCGCUGUUGCGGCUGCUACAGCCAUCGGCGCUCUCUCGAUCCGCCGUCUAUCAACCUCUCCACUGUCCCGUGUAUCUCGUCGCACCCCCGGCCGCGUUGGUGAUUUUGUUUCUUCCUUGGAGACGCCGUGUUUACUCGUGGACUUGGAUGCUCUAGAAACCAACCUCAAACGUCUCCCAGAAUCCCUAACAGCUUCUCCAAAUCUCGCCAUUCGUCCCCAUGCCAAAGCUCACAAGUCCUCUGCUAUUGGGCAGUUACAGCUGCAACUAUCUCACGCAGUAGGACUCUGCUGCCAGAAGGUGUGUGAGGCUGAAGCCAUGUUCAACGGCGGGGUACGGGACAUUUUACUAAGCAAUGAGAUCUACGGACUGGAACGCUAUGAACGCAUGGCCGCAUUGGCCAACGGUGGAGCAACGAUUACGCUCAUCUUCGACAAUAUUGAAGCCGUACAGCAGGCGGCACAAGCCGCAGAGACUCAAGGUAUCCACUUCCGAGCUUUGGUGGAGGUGAACGUGGGUCAGGACCGCUGUGGCGUUGAUACGGUGGAGGAGGCAGUAGAAUUAGCCAAGAAGAUAGAGAGCUAUGCUCCGAGGUUGGAGAUGGUAGGCAUUCAGGCGUAUCAUGGUGCAGCGCAACAUAUUCGCAGCUACGACGAGAAGAAGAAGGUGAUCGCUAGUGUCGCUGAGAAGGCCAAGAGUGUGAGAGACGCAUUAGUGCAGGAAGGUCUGACGUGUGAUGUGGUUACUGGGGGGAGGAACGGGAACGUACUUGUUGGAAGCGGCGAGUGGUGUGUUCACUGAAGUGCAGCCUGGCUCGUACUUGUUUAAUGACGCGGACUAUGCGAGGAACUUAGGAGAAGACGGAGAGUUUGUCAAAGACUGGGAGCAGAGUUUGUAUGUGCUGACGACGGUGAUGAGCAAGAACGCGAGUGCAGCGGUGCCGCGUGUAGUGGUGGAUGCAGGCACAAAGGCAGUGUCGCUGGACUCGGGCUCGCCGCUGGUACACAGUAUCAUUAAUGGAGAGAAGCUGUCGACCCCGUUGGAAUACUAUGGUGGGGGUGAUGAACAUGGGAUUUUGAAGCCACUGCAGAAUAUUGCUGCUGCCAAGAGAGUCGAACUCCCCGCUCUUGGGAGCAAAUUGCUGCUUAUUCCGGGUCAUUGCGAUCCUACCACAAACAUGUAUGACCACCUCGUUGGAUACCGCGGCGAUCGUGUGGAACAUGUGUGGGAGAUUGAGGCUCGUGGUCCUGGUAACUAGUACUAAAAGUUAAUACGUACGCUCCGUUGAAAGUAAACAAUAAAUUCUCUACGUACCAGUGGACAAAACGAACUAACUUCUAAGUAAUCCCCGUUUCCUUAUGUG